CAGCGACGAACAACGACGAGCAACCACCUUACACCGUCUCUUUGUGUUCAUCUAGACAAUCUCUUGACAAGCAGCGAGUGCAGUCAAGGUAUACAGCACAGAGGACCCGUCUACUACAUCAUCCUCGCAACCGCAACGACCCAGCAACCAUGAACCACCACCCUGCCGCCUGGGGCCAGCCCCUCACUGCCCACCAGCAGUUCGAGCAGUACUCGACCUUCCCUGUCGGCAACUCGCCCCGUUACAACGCGACGACCGACCCCGUCGCCCACACCCAGCAGCCCCUUGUCACCGGUACCUCGGUUAUCGGCCUCAAGUACAAGGACGGCGUCAUGCUCGCUGCUGACACCCUCGGUUCUUACGGAUCGCUCGCCCGCUUCCGCGACAUUGAGCGUCUGCACGCCCUCGGCACCCACACCGUCAUUGGUGUCGCCGGCGACAUGAGCGACUACCAGUACCUGAAGAAGGAGCUGGACGCUAUCCUGCGCGAGGAGACCACCCUCAACCUCACGGACGGCCACCCACCACUCUCCCCGUCCAACCUGUACACCUUCCUCGCCAACCUGUUCUACGGACGGCGAAGCCAGAUCAACCCCCUCUGGAACGCCAUCCUCGUUGGCGGCUGGGACUUUGAGAAGAGCGAGCCAUUCCUCGGCUACGUCGACCUCCUCGGCACCACCUACACUGCCCCUACCCUCGCUACCGGCUUUGGUGCCCACCUUGCCCAGCCCCUCCUCCGUGAGGCGUUUGAGGCCAAGGCCGGCACCGACGGCAAGGGCCCUCUCCUCGACGACGAGGAGGCCGAGAAGCUGCUCGACGAGUGCAUGAAGGUGCUCUUCUACCGUGACGCCAGGAGUAUCAACAAGUACCAAAUCGCUCGUGUCACCAAGGAGGGCGUCUCUGUCUCCGACUCGAAGAGCGCUCCCACCGAGUGGGGCUUCGCAGAAAGCCUUCGCGGCUACGGUGCGCAGGUCCAGUAGACGCAUUAGUAAGAUACAAUGAGAGAGAUGCAGUUAUUGGC